AUUAUAAACAACACUUACCUUAUUUGUUGAUGGAUCCUUGGAAAUUAAGGAAUAAAUUUAGUGAUUUUGAUGCGCAAACUCGAACCGGCGUUAGUGGCCCUCUCGUGUUCUAAAACUCCGGAAGUUCGCAGACAACCUGUGGCUGGGACGUAGAGAAGUCCUCGUUUUUGAUACAAUUCGAGCGCUGCCGCGUUCAGUUUCGUAAAAGACACCAACCGAGAUUCAUUCGUUGAAACAAAUUUUUUUGUUUAAUCAAAUUAAUUUUUUGUUGAUCUCGCUCAAUUAUAAAUAAAAUCUUGGUGUUUUUAGACUUUUGAUUAGUUUUUGUGAGUUUUCGAAGAUGUCUAGGACCGAAAUUUUUGGGAUUCUUCUUGGAAUUUGCGUCGUUGUUAAUUGUCUUCCCCUAUCGAUAGAGAAUACGUUAGAUGAAGAAGAGGAAAUUCUCGAUGAUGAUGAUGACUCAACAACUCAUACAUUGGAGAGAUUAAGUUCGGCGGCAACUUGUCUUGUAGCUGGUGUUGAAUACACUCACGGCCAACAGAUUUAUCGAAAAGAUCCGUGCGAGUUUUGUUUGUGUCUUGAUGGGGAGAUGUUUUGUUGGUGGCAGGAUUGUCCCCCGACGUUAGAGGGACCUUGCAGGGAAAGAAGCGCUUUUAGUGCUUGUUUAAAUGGGGUGAAAUCGAAUGAAAUUUUGGAGGAAAAAAUUGAAACUAAAACUAAGAAACCAACAACAAUUAACCCCCCAUCAACAACCACGAUUAUUAAUAACACUGAGUUAACUUCGAAAUCUCCGGGUUAUGAAGCUACAACGGAUGCUUCACCAUCGAUUAUUAUUUCAACUUUAAAAGUUGUGGCGCAAACUUGUGUCGUUAUGGGUCGUGAAUACAAGAUCGGGGACAAAUUACCGCAUGACACCGGGAACUGUGUGGAGUGUAUUUGUGGCGCGGCCGGACAAGUAACGUGUUCCCCAAACCAAUGUUCACCAGUUGGUGAUGACAUCAAUGAUUAUCGACCACCAGGGCCCAGAACUUCCCUCUCUGAUAUGUUUUAAUCUUAUCACUUACAUCAAACCAACCAAAAUUUUAGUUAAAAAUCUUAGAGAAUGAUUAUUAUCAUUAAAAACAUAUCUUGGCCUAUGUUAAUACACCCAAAUCCAAUAACAUAUUUAAAUUAUAAGCGAAAUGAUGUGAGAAAUAAUGACUAUAAUAAAAAUACCGAAUAGAUUACGUAUUUAGCAUAGCAUCAAAAAAACCACAAUAAUAUUAUAUCAGAGGAUUCCAAAGAAAACGUUUCAACAUGACCGAUGACACUGCGGAUAAUAAAUAACAAGUAGAGAAGGAACGAUCAUGUUAAAUAAGCGAUUAUUAAUCGACGUUUUAUAGCAAUUUUUACAUUUAAAUGAAAAAGUGUAAGUCAGACCAAUCAGAAAUUAUUUAAAAAAAUAAUAUUGCUAUUUGACUACUUAAUACUUAAGUGUAAAUGUAAAAUGUAAAAUAAGUAGAUCGUUAAAUUGUUUCAAGUGUCAAAAUAGAAUUACAUAUUAGAAA